CUUUCCUCCCUGGACUCAGCGUAUACAGAGAUUUAAGAUAAACCUCUUCUAUGGAUAAGAAUGCUUCUGUGUGAGGUUAUGGACUUCAGCUGAGCUCAGCAACACAUACACCUGUCUAACCCCUUUACCUGUCCUUGGUUGCUAUAGGCCCUAGGAAUCACAUGACAAGAUAUGGCAGUAAAAUCCUAUUGAGAACUUAGAGCAGAUGAGAUUUGGAAACAGGGCAGGGGGAUAGGACUCAUUCCUCCGGCAGUCCAAGUGGUGGUCACACAGCCAACGCACCACUCCUGGGCUCCCAGAAGGAGGAUCACAGCAGUAAGUAGGAAUAUUCUGCAGUACGGUUUGACCUCCCUCUUGGGAUACCUGAAACAUGGGAGCCGGAGCCAGUGCCGAGGAGAAGCAUUCUCGAGAACUGGAGAAGAAAUUGAAGGAAGAUGCAGAAAAGGAUGCCAGAACUGUGAAACUGCUCCUACUGGGAGCCGGAGAAUCAGGGAAAAGCACCAUUGUAAAGCAGAUGAAAAUUAUUCACCAGGAUGGUUACUCCCUUGAAGAAUGCAUGGAGUUUGUCUCCAUUAUUUACGGUAACACACUUCAGUCCAUGCUGGCCAUCGUCAGAGCCAUGAACACACUGAACAUCCAGUAUGGUGACCCUGCCCGACAGGAUGAUGCCCGAAAACUUAUGCAUCUGGCAGACACCAUCGAUGAAGGCUCCAUGCCCAAAGAGAUGGCAGACAUCAUUGGACGCCUGUGGAAAGAUACUGGUAUCCAGGCAUGCUUCGAUCGUGCAUCUGAAUAUCAGCUCAAUGACUCAGCAGGAUACUAUCUGAAUGACCUGGAAAGACUGGUGACCCCGGGGUAUGUCCCCACUGAACAGGACGUCCUCAGGUCAAGAGUAAAGACCACUGGUAUCAUUGAAACACAAUUUGGAUUCAAAGAUCUCAACUUUAGGAUGUUUGAUGUGGGAGGUCAGCGAUCCGAGCGUAAGAAGUGGAUCCAUUGCUUUGAAGGAGUCACCUGCAUAAUCUUUAUUGCUGCACUGAGUGCAUAUGAUAUGGUCUUGGUUGAAGACGAUGAAGUGAACAGAAUGCAUGAAAGUCUGCACCUCUUCAACAGUAUCUGUAACCACCGUUACUUUGCCGCAACUUCCAUUGUUCUUUUCCUCAACAAGAAAGAUGUCUUCACAGAAAAGAUCAAGAAGGCCCAUCUGAGCAUUUGUUUUCCAGACUAUGAUGGUCCAAACACAUAUGAAGAUGCUGGGAGCUACAUCAAGACUCAAUUCCUGGAGCUGAAUAUGCGACGAGAUAUAAAGGAAAUUUACAGCCACAUGACCUGCGCUACCGACACAGAGAACGUCAAGUUUGUGUUUGACGCGGUCACAGACAUUAUCAUCAAAGAAAACCUGAAGGACUGCGGUCUGUUCUAAGCCGAUCCCAGCAGAAUUUCUAUUGAGGGCUUUGCCUGCAAAAUCCUCUCACCCUUCUACCCCAAAGAGCCUCAAAACAAGGAGCACUAUACUCUCCCCCUCCUAGAAGGAGGAAUGAAACUGCACAUCAUAUUGUUUGAUCCAACAGAAAGUUUAGGGGUGUAGAGAUGACAGACCUCAAUAGCCCCCACCGCAAUGUCAUGUACACAGCCCCCGUACCACAGGCUUCUAAUCUUUCCCAGUAAAGGAUAUUUAGGAUCUCUAUGUCUAAACACAGGACUUCAGCAACAGAUACUUUACCCUCCAUCAUUGUCAAGGCAGAGGAUGGGAUGACUGCAAAGCAGUGAAGAACUCAGGACACAAGAAGCAUUUCCCCAAUACAGAGACCAUCAGUUCUGGAGACACUGGUGACCUCACUAAUCCUUCAGUUAAAGGGACAUCUCCGAGUGGGGGCUGCCAGUCUGUUUAUUAAUGCACUUUUUAGCAGUCUGGAAAACACCUCCAGAUGUGCCCCUGUAAUUGUCCAGGAGGGUCAGUGUUGGUCAGUAUAACCCAGGGGCCCCAUCUUCAGGAGCCUCAAGACAAGGCAUCUCCAUGCUAUUCCAAUAUCAGCUUCCAUAUUAUAGAGACCCCUCUAUUCUCUAUCGGCAGCACCUCAGCAUCUCCACCAUUCUGUGUAUUACAUUUCACUGGCUGUAAAUCAUUGGGUGGACCCACUGCUUCUGUAGAUGGUUAACACCUUGCUCUUUUUCAAUGUAUGUAUUUUUAUAAAGUAAAAUCACUUUACCCUAAAUUAGCCCAUUUAGGGUCCACAGCCCAUUGUACAGUUAGUAUGUAGCUGUUUGAUGCCAGGCUUCACAUACAGUAAAUGCCAA